GUGGGAGCUUAAUGCAGUUCGACUGCGACCUCUCACUUGUGCGGAGAGAAAAGGCUAUUGUUUUAUUCGGUUGGGGUCAGGGAGCUAUCCUGGUUUUCUGGACAGAAGGUUUUUGAAGGAAAUAUUCUAUAAAUCCCAACAUGUCAACACUGAGCUGUCUAACUGGAAGUGCUGAACUUAGCUCAGCCCAGGUGUGGACUCACUGAGCUCUUUGAUCUGCAUCUGUACUUGGUUCUGGACUCAUGUAAGACUGAGCAGAAGCAGAAUCAUGUCAGAAACCCUCCAGCUGCCCGCGCUGCAGAUCCAGGGCCCGGUAGAUGGGGAGUGCAACGGAUGCGAGGUGGAUUUGGCCCUAUCCAGCUCUUCCAGCCCCUCUCUGCGGCGUAAGCGCUUUAAAAUGCGCCGUAUGAGGAACGUCAUGAGCGAGAAGGAACAACUUCAGCGUUCCGGCUCCAAGGAUUACCUGCAGCUUCCGUCCAUUGAGAUCACGCCAUCCAGCGACGAGGACGCAGCGUGGUCGAGCUGUUCAACGCCCAGCACCUCGCCCCAACGGAGACGCUUCCUCCUGCGCAAGUGGCUGAGAGGAGGCGAGAAAAAAGAGCACGGCAGUGAGAGCAGCAGUCAGCAGAGCAGCCUGCAGAGCAGCCAUGAGGAAGAGUCCACACGCUUCCUGAGCCCCAACACCCGCGACGACAGGUACACCGACAGCACUGCCAGUAACUCGAACCGCAGCUCGCCGGCCUGCUCACCUGUCCUGCGUAAACGCUCACGCUCCCCAACGCCCCAGAGUCCAGAGGGAGAGAACAUGGUGGAAAAGAGCUCCGAUCAUUCCUCCGAUAAAUCCCCCUCCACCCCGGAACAGGCCAUCCAGCGCACCUACAGCCAGUCACUUCACACCACCCGCCCCGCAGGGAAGAACUCCAAGUCACAAAAGAGACUGUCUAAAUAUGACAGACUAAACCUGAUUAAAAAAAGUCAAAGCUGGUAUAAUGUUUUGAGUCCCACAUACAAACAGCGAAAUGAAGACUUCAGGAAGCUCUUUAAGCAGCUGCCUGACACAGAGCGCCUCAUUGUGGACUACUCCUGUGCCCUGCAGAGAGAUAUCCUCCUGCAGGGUCGCCUCUACCUCUCUGAAAACUGGAUCUGUUUCUAUAGCAACAUAUUCCGCUGGGAAACGCUGCUGACUGUGAAGUUGAAAGAUGUUUGCUCCAUGACGAAAGAGAAGACUGCUAGACUCAUCCCCAAUGCCAUCCAGCUGUGCACAGACAGUGAAAAGCACUUUUUUACCUCAUUCGGGGCAAGAGAUCGGACGUACAUGAUGAUGUUCAGACUCUGGCAAAAUGCUCUACUGGAAAAGCCAUUGUGUCCCAAAGAGCUGUGGCACUUUGUCCAUCAGUGUUAUGGGAAUGAACUGGGUCUGACCAGUGAUGAUGAGGAUUAUGUACCUCCUGAUGACGACUUCAACACCAUGGGGUACUGUGAGGAGAUUCCCGCUGAAGAAAACGAGGCCAAUGACAACUGCCCCAAAACCCCAGAUGCCAAAAUGGACAUCAGCCCCCAGCUCCACAGGAGGGUUUUCCCCAACAGCAGUCUGAAUUCCACAGACAGCACAGACGCUCCGGUCAACUUUGACGUGCCCCCAGUGGAGGACUUUAGUGGCUGUGUCCCUGAAGACCUCCUACCCCUGCCAUUACCUGACAACAAGCUGCCAGAGACUAGUGGCUCCGCCCAUGUCCCCACCCCCUCACCCUCCCUUGACUUCAACGACAAUGAGGACCUUCCCACUGAACUCAGCGACUCGUCAGAAACACAUGAUGAGGCAGGGGAAGUGCAGGCCUUCCAGGAAGAUCUGAAUGGGAAACUGUACAUUAAUGAAGUGUAUAAGUUCAGUGUGGAUAAAAUGUAUGACAUCCUCUUCACUGAAUCCCAGUUCAUGAGAGAGUUUCUGGAGCAGAGACGCUUUUCAGAUGUGGUCUAUCACCCGUGGAAGAAAGAGUACACUGGUAAUCAGACCAGAGAGAUCAUGUACACCAUCUCCCUCUCCAAUCCACUGGCCCCAAAGACGGCCACAGUCACAGAGACGCAGACUCUGCACAAGGCCAGUCAAGUGAGCGAGUGCUACAUCAUCGACGCUGAGGUGAUUGCUCACGAUGUCCCAUAUCACGAUUACUUUUACACGCUCAACCGCUACAUGCUCACCAGAGUCGCCAAGAACAAGUGCCGCCUGAGGGUAUCAGCUGAACUACGCUACAGGAAGCAGCCAUGGGGACUGGUCAAGGGCUUCAUUGAGCGAAACUUCUGGAGUGGCCUGGAUGAAUAUUUUAGGUAUUUAGAGCUGGAGUUGAGUAAGGUACAGCUGGUGCUAUCUGAACCUCACACACAGUCUCCCAAAUCCAAAGCGCUACGCACAGCUACAAUGAGGCGGAGGAAACGGCCCCUGACGCACAUGAGGCAGCAGCACCUGGAUGAGGCGCUCAGUCCCGUCACCACACCUGAGGAUGAGAAGAGUGUCAUCCAUCGCAUCAAACACGUGGCAGGAUCCACACAGACCAGACACAUCCCAGACCACGGAUCUGAAGGCCUGGCUCUCUACAGUGUUUCCAAACUCCUGCUUAUAAUCAGCUCUGUGAUUUGUGUAAGGCUGGUGCUGCUGGUCUUUUUGAACAUGAUGCUGUUUUAUAAGCUCUGGAUGCUGGAAUACACUGCUCAGGGUUUGACCUCCCGGCAGGGUUUCAGAUCUCAUGAAAGUAAACUUCCAGAGACACAGAUUGAAUGGGCUCAACUUUUGGAAUCUCAGCAGCGUUACCAUGAAAACGAGCUGGAGAAAUGGAAGGAAAUAAUAAAGUCAUCUGUGCUUUUGUUAGAUGAGAUGAGAGAGUCUCUAAUGAAGCUACAGAAAGGUAUCGGGUUAAAAGACUACAAUUCAGACAGUGAAGAAAGUUGCUAUCACUGACAAACAGAAUCCCGGCUCAGCGAAUGUGAUGAACAUCUCCACAUGUAAGCGAUCAGAUGCGCUGAGCUGAGCUGAGCUGGCAUGGUAAGUGGGCGGCACUGACUGAACGGCUCUCACAGGCCAGCUGACAGCAGACACUGAAGGAAACCCAGUACUGUAAGUUCUCUGUCUCCUCCGUGAUGAAAGAGAUGGGGAAAAAAAGGAAAGCAGUCGCUUGAUUGGUAUUUUCAUCCAGGGCUAAAACAAACACAACCAAAACAAUUCAACUGUAACUGCAAAAUGGACACAGACUCUCUGGUUCAAACACUCGGAAACCUUCAGCAGAUGUUGGAACUCGACAGCAUCCCUUUUUUUAAACCUUUUGGAGUCUGGGACCAGAUAAAGUAAAUAUGGAGUUGCUAUCAGCAAGUGUUACGUGGACAUGUACACAUUUAUUUAUAAAAACAAAAUAUGGAAUUGAAUGAUAUUAUGAUACACAUGAAGACAUAUAAUUUCUAUGUAGAGCUAUAUUUGUUGCCAGAGUACAUUUGUAACAGGCUUCCAUGGAGAAUCAAGGCUGGUUCCUUGAUAGCUUGUGCCAUGGUGCAUCAACUAUAUGCAACUGGUUUAUCCUCCCCUGUUUGGAGGAAUGACUUCUUCUGAUUGGUUGAUUUGCAAUGGCGAAAGAGCCACGGUCACUAAGGUUGAACGGUAAAAUCAUAUACCAUAUACUUUGUUCCCAAAGUUUCAGGAAUGAUUCUGCAUAUUUAUACAGGAUUCUCUCUCGAAAUAGCACUGAUUGACAAAGUGAUAACCAUAGCAAUGGAUGGGUCAAAAACAUACUAAGGCUAGAUCAAGCUAACUUCAGAAGCACCCUCAGUGAUCUAAUUCUGGGUCUGGUGCAGAGUAAACUAUAAGAAAUCCAUUUUAGCUUGAUUUCCCUGAAAAGUGAAACACUGUGGCUCUGUGGUGCUAUCAAAACAUCCCAACCAUCUUGACACAGCAUUGGCUCAAACAAUAGCGUGAGUUUGGGGCGGGACCCAAAGUUUUAUUUAAAAAGAUGGUUGCUAACAAGUGGCUAAAUGGGACUACAGAUGUUGUUAGGCAAUGAAAAGCAAAAUCCAUCUUUUAAAGUUUUAUGUAAAGACGAAUCACAAUCAAAGUUGUGAUCACUUUUGAAGACUAUCAUGAUCGUAGACUUUUGGUCACAGGGCUUAUUUUCUGCAAUAAACCUAAAGCCAAUGGAAAAAUCCUUUUGGGUUUUUGGCGAAGGAAUCAGGGUGAUACUAACUUUUGUCCUGCAAAAAUGUGUCAUCACUUCAGCGCUCUGUUGUGAGGAAGUGUAUGGGAAUUGGGAUGCAGCCAUCAAGUCAACCAAACCUCUCAUGCAGUAACGGUUGUGGAAUAUUAGUGGUUAACUACAGCAGGUCCACUCCAGCCAAUAGCAUCCAUUCAUUUGUGAAUGAGUUAUUGUUACAUGAAUGUGUUUCUGUUCUCCCUCAGGGUUCAUUUAUAUCCUGCGGGCAGCUGUACACAACUUCAUAUUGCCAAGCUUUGAUUUUAAAGCCAUUCCAUGAUUUUUUUUUUUCAUGUUGUAUGUUGUUUUUGUGUUUUGAUGCUGAACCAGCUGCUGGACGGGUGAGAGAUGCACACUGGUCAUGUGAUGUGAGAAAGUAUGGUUUUAUUAGUGUAGUAGAGCUGGAGAGACUUUUAUCUUGAAGUGUUCUUACAGAAAGACCAGCAGCUGGUGUGUUAAGACGGAACUGUGAAAAAUCCAGGUUAUGCUUGAAUUGAUAAAGAGAAACUGUUUAGAAACUUACAUAAUAAAAAAUCAACCUCAUAAAAAAGGUUAGCUCUAACCUCUUGAGGUGUCAUACGCAAAAAAAAUUCUCAUACAAACUCCCACACACAAGUACUGGAGUUGAUGGUUUUUAUAGUUGGAGCUACAGUCCUAGAGUGGCCUCUAUUGAUAUUGAGCCAUUGGUGCUCAUAUGGGCGACAUGGGUUCGAGUCUAGCUUGUUUUAAUUCCCGAUCAUGUUCCCUCCUUCCCUCCUCAGCAAGAAUAGUUCAACAGGCCAAAAAUAAAAUUAGAAAUGUAUUUAAUUGGUUUGAUCUAUUUCUAAACAGCAAUUUCACAAUCAAUCUAAAGUUCUAAUUUGUAUAUUUCAAUAUCAGGUUUUUUUUGUGGAGUCUUCCACUAGUUUCUGAUUGGUGUAGAUUGUUUUUAGUCCUUUAGUAUCUAUCAUUGUUUAAACCAGUGUAUGAACUAAUGAAAAGAGACAGAUGAUUGCUGUCUUAUGUGAUGUGAAACUGUCUCAGAUGGACUGGUCUAAUGUGGUCACUAUGAGCCAGUCCAAUUUAUUCAAAGCAAAUGGAUCUUAGAUGAUCAUUUUGUCCUGUGAGAUUCUGGGCACGUGUGUUUCGGAGCCUCUGCAACCCCUGUUGGCUUUAGUGGCAGACCUCUUAUCCUACUUUAAGCAACAAUGGCAAUUAGAAAAUAGUAGAUAACUAAAAAUAUCUUCUGCAGGCUGUAGUGAUCAGCUUGCACUGUUCAUGCUAGGGGGUCAGUUAGCUUUUAAGGGCAGACCACACACAAAAUAUAUUUUUCUUGAUACUUUGAUCAUAGGAAUCAAUCCAGGAAAGGGACUACAGUUCAUUCAUGUCUGUAUUCAUCCUCAUAGUCAUUAAAGCAAAAUGCAGUAUUAAAUGUGCAAUGCGUGUUCAAGUAGAGUGUGUAAGUACUGCUGAAACUCCACAUGAACCGUCUGUGUGAAUGUAUUUUCUAGCUGAAAGACGAUCCUUCAUUUGGACAUAACCUGCUGGGUUUGGAAGCACGGGUGAUUUAGAAGGCAUAAUGUCUUUUGAUGUCAAGCAUUGGGAGGCCACAGCAAUGGUGCCACAUUGCUCACUGUCAGGCCCUAAAAGUAUUAUUUUUCAAGUUCUGCUGACAAUAUUAUUUUGUACUGUAGCCUAUGUACACAGACAGGAUGGUUGCUUUCCUAUGGCCAUGACUGUUAUGGUCUAGAGAUAGAUGGGAAAUUCAUGUAUGAUGUUUAUUUAAAGGUCAUGUCAAAGCCAGGAGCAAAACACUGAGGUAAAAACACACCGGGUUGUUUUUUAUGUUUAUUUUAUUUUUCCUGAAACAUUGAA